CUCGCGCUCCGCCGGGCUGUGCUCCGCCUCUGCCCACCAGCCCUGCUUCUAGAGUAGGGCAGCUGCCCUAACUUGCCCCAUGGUGGGUACGCCCUUGGGAAGCCUACAGUUUACGAGGGGUCUUCUUUCUGGGGAUUGCGCCUAAAGCCAAAACCAUGUAUAGUCAAGACACAAUGGGUUCAAUGGCAAAUGGGAUUGCCAAAGUCUCUCCCCCACCCCCCACCCCGGAUACCUGCCCCCUUUCCAUGCCCUUUUUAAUGUUGGUUUUUGUGUUUGUUUGUUUGUGUGUUUGUUUGUGUGUUUCUUUGUUUUUGCCAACCACUUAAAACUGAAUGUGCACAGGUUAAAUGCAUGUAUGUUGUGGGCUUACUGUACACAUUUGUCUGCAGAAUAUCUCUGGAGAAGCAGUCCACAGGAAAAUCGCCCCCAGGCACCUGCAUUUUCUGAUAGGUUCUUGGUGAGAAACCUGCACUGAAAAUGCCACAUCUUUCCAAGGCUUUGGAAAUGUUGGGUUCGAACCGAGAGCCUUAAAUCCUUUUCUAGUUAACGGGGUGCCAGGCUGUAAGUCUGUGUCACUGUACUUCUGUGACUUUAGUCUGAGAACAGUGGUGCAGCUAGGAGAAUGGGGUAGAAAGAGGGAGAGGUUUGGAGUUCGAGUGAGUCCCUUGCAAGGAAAUGAUGGCAAGAUCAGAGGCAGGGGAUCAAGGUUUUUGACAAGGGGAGCAACUCUUCCUGGCAUUUCCUUUCCCUAAAGCGGGACAGUGCAUUUCACAUCUCUUUGAAUUGUGGCCAAGCAUGGUCUUGGACUAAUAUCGUUCAGUGCAGGCACCCCCAAACUUUGGCCCUCCAGAUGUUUUGGACUACAAUUCCCAUCUUCCCCGACCACUGGUCCUGUUAGGUAGGGAUCAUGGGAGUUGUAGGCCAAAACAUCUGGAGGGCCGCAGUUUGGGGAUGCCUGGUUUGGUGUGUUUACAUUCCAUCACAGAGAUUGAUGUUACAACAGAAAUGACAAAUCUCUACUCUUUCAUUGUCUGUUCAGCCCAUGUAAGACUUCUGUCCCCAGAGCACCCAUUUGCACAUCAGUCAGAGGACAGUGAUCUUUCUGUUGCUUGUGGGCUUCCCAGAGGUAAUAAUAAUAACAAUAACAAUAAUAAUAAUAAUUUAUUUAUACCACGCCCAUCUGGCUGAGUUUCUCCAGCCACUCAGGGUGGCUUCCAACAGAAGAAUAAAAUAAUCGAUUAAAGAUGAGGUGGGUGAGACUAAGCAGAGGACCUUCUUGCUGUUGCCUUCUCUACGUUCUUUCCAUUGUCAGGUGAAGCUUAUUCACCCGAGUCAUAGAAUCAUAGAGUUGGAAGAGACCACAAGGGCCAUCCAGUCCAACCCCCUGCCAAGCAGGAAACACCAUCAAAGCAUUCUUGACAUAUGGCUGUCAAGCCUCUGCUUAAAGACCUCCAAAGAAGGAGACUCCACCACACUCCUUGGCAGCAAAUUCCACUGUCGAACAGCUCUUACUGUCAGGAAGUUCUUCCUAAUGUUUAGGUGGAAUCUUCUUUCUUGUAGUUUGAAUCCAUUGCUCCGUGUCCGCUUCUCUGGAGCAGCAGAAAACAACCUUUCACCCUCCUCUAUAUGGCAUCCUUUAAUAUAUUUGAACAUGGCUCACCCCUUAACCUUCUCUUCUCUUCUCCAGGCUAAACAUACCCAGCUCCCUAAGCCGUUCCUCAUAAGGCAUUGUUUCCAGGCCUUUGACCAUUUUGGUUGCCCUCCUCUGGACACGUUCCAGCUUGUCAGUAUCCUUCUUGAACUGUGGUGCCCAGAACUGGACACAGUACUCCGGGUGAGGGCUGACCAGAGCAGAAUACAGUGGUACUAUUACUUCUCUUGAUCUAGAUGCUAUACUCCUAUUGAUGCAGCCCAGAAUUGCAUUGGCUUUCUUUAGUUGCUGCAUCACACUGUUGACUCAUGUCAAGUUUGUGGUCUACCAGGACUCCUAGAUCCUUUUCACAUGUACUGCUCUCAAGCCAGGUGUCUCCCAACCUGUAUUUCUGCCUUUCAAUAUUUUUUUUUUUGCCCAAGUGUAGUACUUUACAUUUCUCCUUGUUAAAAUUCAUCUUGUUUGCUUGGGCCCAGUUGUCUAAUCUAUUAAGGUCAUUUUGAAGUGUGAUUCUUUCCUCUGUGGUAUUAGCCACCCCUCCUAAUCUUUAAACUACUAGCUUUUUAAAGCAACUAAAACCUGGGCUUUGAUUUGGCGGCCUGUGUUUUUAUUUUAUCCAGCUGUUUGUUGAAUGAUUGCAUUUCUCUCUGACAAAAAUUAAAGUUAUUUGCUGCAUUUUUUUGUUUGUUUUAAUUGAUUGCAUUGUAUGUCAAUAUUGUAUUUUAGGCUUUGUCCUGUAAGCCACCCAAGGGAGAUGUGUUGAUAGUUGGCUAUAUAACUAUAAUAAAAUUAACAAUAAUUAUUCAGUGUGUAAAAACAAGCUUAUUGCAAUGCAUUCAUCACGACUUACAUUUAUGCAAUCAUGCUGGUCACAGUCUUAUUCUACACUAUGGUGAGAUGUAUUCUGUAUUUAAAUUGAGAAAUAAAUUUGUAUAUGUGCCCUAUAAAUUAGCAGUUGCAGUUUUUAUGCAGAUCUAUGUCCUCUUUUUCAGCAGUGCCUAAGUGGUAGCUCUAAAGUGUGAACUGGAUAAAUUUGGGGCAAUCUUUUGUGCCCCAUUCCCCAUGCUACUAAACUGCAAAAGUCUGCAAGCUAGCUAGAACAUCCCCUGAUUUUGCCUGUAAAAUCAGUGAAUUCCACCUUUCCAUGUAAGCCUCUUUGGUGGAUCUUCCAUUUUUAGCCAGAAAGUAUGAAGCUCAGUGUGAGGUUCUGAGUCUUCUGAAGGUAAUUUCAGCAGGCAAGCCUGCCUUUCCUUUCCUUGUUCUUGAAUGAAUUGUUUCCAUCAAAAUCUUCACAUACUGAAGCUAUGUUUAAAAACACACAUAGACAUGCCUGUAGGAGAGGAAAUGGGCAAUACCUCUUUUAGACAAUCCACAGUUUUUGAUGCUUGGGCAUCCUCAGCUUUUAAAAAGUAUCAUGGUUUGAGCACCCUUUGGUGGAAAUAUAAGGGUGCAACAGGGAAAUGAAAGUAAUUGAAGUACCUUCCUUUUUUUUAAGCUGGGGUUAUCAAUCUGUUGCAUUCAAAAUAGUUUCUAUUGUAUUGUAAGCCGCCUUGCAAAGGUAUAAAUCCUGAAGGGUGGCUAAAAAUGCUUUAUUAGAAACAAUAACACAUAUUCUGCAGAAGAAAGCAGUCGGAGAGCCAUUCACUUCUCUUUUCCCCUCAAAGCAUCCCAAAUGUCUAGGUAGGACCUUCAUAGGCUUUAUUUACAACCAUGUAUUAAGAGGACGCGUUGUGGCGCUGUGGUCUAAACCACCGAGCCUAGGGCUUGCCGUUUGGAAGGUCGGCAGUUCGAAUCCCCGAGACGGGGUGAGCUCCCGUUGCUCAGUCCCAGCUCCUGCCAACCUAGCAGUUCGAAAGCACGUCAAAGUGCAAGUAGAUAAAUAGGUACCACUACAGCGGGAAGGUAAACGGUGUUCCCAUGUGCUGCUCUGGUUUUGCCAGAAACGGCUUAGUCAUGCUGGCCACAUGACCCGGAAAAACUCUGUGGACAAACGUCGGCUCCCUCGACCAGUAAAGCGAGAUGAGCGCUGCAACCCCAGAGUCGUUCGCGACUGGACUUAACUGUCAGGGGUCCUUUACCUUUAUUAAGAGGAUAAAUGGCUCCAUUUAGAUUAAGAUGCCAGCCUUGGCCAUUCCCCACAGACACCUGAAGCUGUUUGUAGUUUCCCAUGUUAUUAUCCUUAUGUAUGUUGGAAGCACAGCUAUGAUUUGGGGCUCUUCGAUCAGUCCCAGUUUCCCCGAGAGUCAGAUAAGCAGGCAAUGCCCAUGAAUGUGCAAACAGUACUUUAACCUAACCCUCGCAGUUGCUUCAUCCCAGAGUAAACACUCAAGGGGACUCCUGCUGAUAUUGCUUCAGGUCGUUUUCUCUGCUUCCAUUAGCAGCCAUUCACUUUGAUAGCGCAGACAAGAUCAUGCGCUUCCUCGCUCGACUCCUCAUCUUAGCUUUUCUGGGUUUCAUUUCCCUGUUGUGGUGGAGCCGCCUUCUCUGGAGAAACACACCACAGAACCGAGGCAGAUUGGCCAUGGAGGAUGCGGAAGAAGAUGUCCCGCAGACGUUUGACAGUCUCCUGCAUAUUCAGCAGCUCAGGAAAAAGGCGCUGAGGUCCUUCUGCAGCAAAAGAGGUAAAAUCACCCGACUCCCACCUACCCAACAGGAAGCUUCCCAGGCCCUGUCUUCAGUUAUGGUGGACCACCAACUGCACUUCCUGUAUUGCAAAACCCCAGCCACUGGGGUGGAAGGCUGGGAGCGGCUGUUGGAGACGCUUCUGGAGAAAAAUGUUAGCCUGCAGGUUCCAAUUCCUCACCAGCAGCAGUUUGGCAGCCAAAAGGCACUGAGUGAGUAUAACCGGACCUCCAUGGAGGCUAUGAUGCAGUCCUACACCAAAGUGAUGUUUGUCAGGGAGCCUUUCCAGAGACUUAUCUCCGCUUACAUGCAUGGGAUGGCAGACGGCCUAAACUUCAAGGAGUUCGUUCAGUACAUCUUAUACAGCGGGUCCAGGAAUCACAGCAUGGAGUGGACACCAUCGGUCAGCCUGUGCAGACCGUGCCUCGUGCGGUAUGACUACGUAAUAAUGUUUGGGUUCCUCGACAACGAGGUGCGCCAUUUAAUGCUCCGGGCUGGGCUUCCGGAGAAUAUCCGGAUCCCCGAGUUCAUAGACUCCAAAAUCCGGUGGACCUAUCACUGGCUAGAAGAGCAGAUGCUCAGCCAACUGUCCCUCGGGGAGAGGAAAGGACUGUGUCACUUUUUCCGGUUCGACUAUCAUGCAUUUCGCUUUCCCCGCAGCUUGCUCUGGAACCUCACUUGCGUUCCAGGAAGCGGUUAGUGUUGCUUUUGGCUGGAAGAACAGAGAAAGGCCUUUACCCUGGUCAAGGACAAAUGCAGCAGAAAGUAGCUGGUCUAGUGACAGCCUCUUUUGUAUACGGAAUGGGGAUCUACGUUACUCGUUGGUCAGCAGAGAUUCCUGGUCAGCAUCCAUUUUUCCUGGAGAGCUACUUUGAAAGCAUGAGUGAGAGAGUGUGUGCUACAGCCUGAUAUAGUGAACUCCAUAUAUGUUUUAUUGCCAUAAAUGGCACUUUCCCCGUAUCUCUUGCCUCUAGGUUGGCAACAUGGAACAGGCAGUGCCUCUCAGGGCUGGAUUUUACUUACAGGUCUCCAGUUGCUGACCUAAUACAAGUUUCGCAGCGAUGAACAAAAUGAAUGGUGUGUGUAUACUUCUUAGGAAGCAGGUGAUAAAGUAAAUUUUCGGCUGGCUCUCCUGUGAAUCUUAUGUUUUCUUCACAGGCUGUGUUCUGAUUGUGUUAUUUUCCCACUAGAUAGAUAGAUAGAUAGAUAGAUAGAUAGAUAGAUAGAUAGAUAGAUAGAUAGAUAUUCUUGGUUUGUGGUUAUAAUAAAACCUAAUCCAUCCAUCCUUACUGUAUCUGGUAUCCAUUCAAUCUUUUGAGAACCCCUCCUUCUAUACAGUGGUACCUUGGUUCUAAAACGCCUUGGUUCUCAAAUGCCGAAAACCCGGAAGUGUUCUGGUUUUUGAACGAUUUUUGGAAGGCGAACGUUCGAUGCGGUUGUCGGCUAUGGUUUCCAGGGUGCCUGCAACAAUCAGAAGCUGCGCCUUGGUUUUCGAACAUUUCGGAAGUCAAGCAGACUUCCGGAACGGAUUAAGUUUGGCUUUUGUUUUUGAGGCUUUUUUAGUUGAUUUGUUUUUGUGAUUGUGUGGAACCCAGUUUAGCUAGUGAUUGUGUGGCUGCGGAAAUGGAUAAAACAAUGACUAUCAUCAGUGCAGGUAAGUUUUGUGUUUUGUUAUUUUUUAUCAUCUACAAUACUAUCUUAUUUAUUUUAUAGUACACUACAUUGGUUAUUGCUUUCAUUUUAUGGAUCAAUGGUCUUGUUAGAUAGUAAAAUUCAUGUUAAAUUGGUGUUUUAGGGGUUGUUUUUAAAAGUCUGGAACGGAUUAAUCCAUUUUGCAUUACUUUCUAUGGGAAAGCACACCUUGCUUUUGGAACGCUUUGGUUUUGGUAACACUGUAUUCCUUUUUAAAUCAGCGCUUAAAGGGCAGUAAGUUCAUGGAAUACUUUGAGAAUAAUGAGAACAAUAAUAAUAGUUGUUGUUAUUGUUAUUUAUACCCCACCCAUCCGGCUGGGUUUCCCUGGCCACUCUGGGCAACUCCCAACAGAGAAACGCUAUGGGAGUUCAAAGCA